UUCAAGCAACAAAUGAUAUAAAUAGGAGAAUAAUUAAAUCUUACUGUAUGGAAGAAUAUAAUUCUCUAUGUUUGUUAGAAGAAGUUGAAAAAAAACUUAAAGAAUAUCCGGAAAAAGAUGGACUUGACCUUAAUACACUUAUUUCUAGUCGACAUAAUGGGGGAUUGACAUAUAAUGAUAUGAUUAUUCUUCCGGGAUAUAUUGAUUUUGAAGUAAAUUCAGUUUCUCUUGAAAGUCAUAUUACAAAAAAAAUAGUUUUAAAGACGCCAUUUAUGAGUUCACCGAUGGAUACAGUUACAGAGUCAGAUAUGGCAAUUAAUAUGGCGCUUUUAGGCGGUAUUGGAGUGAUUCAUCAUAACUGUACUAUAGAAGAACAAACAGAAAUGGUUAGAAAGGUUAAGAAGUUUGAAAAUGGGUUUAUAACAUCACCUAUUGUAUUAUCACCAAAUCAUAAGGUAACAGAUGUUCGUAUGAUAAAAGAAGAAUUGGGUUUUAGUGGAAUUCCGAUAACAGACACGGGUCAACUUAACGGAAAACUUUUAGGGAUUGUUACUUCUAGAGAUAUUCAAUUUCAUAAUAAUGAUGAUUCGCUUCUUUUAGAAGUGAUGACAAAGGAUUUGGUAACAGGUUCUGAGGGCAUUACACUUGAAGAAGCGAAUGAGAUUCUUCGUUCUAGUAAGAAGGGAAAAUUACCUAUUGUAGAUAAAGAAGGAAACUUAACUGCUCUUCUUUCGCGUUCUGAUCUAAUGAAAAAUCUUCAUUUUCCUCUAGCAUCUAAAUUGCCAGAUUCUAAGCAAUUGAUAUGCGCAGCAGCAGUUGGAACACGUCCUGACGAUAGAAUUAGAUUAAAACAUUUAGUAGACGCAGGACUGGAUAUUGUUGUACUAGAUUCGAGCCAAGGAAACUCUAUUUAUCAAAUUAAUAUGAUUAAAUGGAUAAAAAAAGAAUUUCCUGGCUUAGAAGUUAUUGCGGGAAAUGUUGUAACUCGAGAACAAGCAGCCAAUUUAAUAUCAGCAGGGGCAGAUGCAUUACGAAUAGGCAUGGGUUCUGGUUCAAUUUGCAUAACACAAGAAAUAAUGGCUGUCGGUAGACCUCAAGCAACAGCUGUUUAUGCUGUCUCAGAAUUUGCUUCUAAAUUCGGUGUACCAACUAUUGCAGAUGGUGGAAUCGAAAAUAUUGGUCAUAUAACAAAGGCAUUGGCUUUGGGCGCAUCUGCAGUUAUGAUGGGUAAUCUUUUAGCAGGAACUGCUGAAUCUCCUGGUCAAUAUUAUUAUCGUGAUGGUCAACGUCUAAAAUCAUAUCGUGGAAUGGGUUCUAUUGAUGCUAUAGAACAUUUAUCAGGAAAAAAUAAAGGUGACAAUGCAGCAACUAGUCGUUAUUUCAGCGAAACAGAUACUAUUCGUGUUGCUCAAGGUGUUUCUGGUAGUGUCAUAGAUAAAGGUUCAUUGCAUGUAUAUCUUCCUUAUUUGCGAACAGGGCUUCAGCAUUCAUUACAAGAUAUCGGUGUACAGAAUUUAACAGAGCUAAGACAACAAGUUAGAAAAAAAAACAUUCGGUUUGAAUUCAGAACUGUUGCAAGUCAAUUAGAAGGAAAUGUUCAUGGAUUACAUUCAUAUCAAAAAAAACUUUGGAGUUAA